UCCGUGUUCGACUCGUCUUCCCUGCCUUCAACCUGCACGCACAUAGGCACCGGCUUUACCGAGAUAGCAUCAGGACAGCUCAAUCUCUACAAUAAAUAAAACCCGCCGUCUGGAAUCAUGACCGACCCGAGGAUACGACAAAUUAAGAUCAAAACUGGCGUCCUGAAGAGGCUGAUCAAAGAAGAGGUCUCGUAUAAAAAGGAGGCCAAGCAGCAGGAGGAGAAGAUCGAGCUGCUGAAAGCGGAGGCGGCCGACACUUACCUCAUCAAGCAACACACGGAGAGCUUGAAGGAGACCAUCAUGAUGAUCCCAGACACCCGACGCCGCCUGACCCUUGCACACAACGAGCUGCAGCAGCUACUGGAAGCGGAGGAAGAGUUGGCGGAAUGUGCGGAAUACCAAGAAGCCAAAGACAUGUUGGACUCGGUCAAGUUGGAAACCUAAAUUCUGUUGUCACUCGCCUCAGACGGUCAUUCCUUAUUACGUGCAGGAUUAUUAUGAACAUGUUUGUUUGACUUCCAAACUUCUCCGCUAAUGAUGCAACUUUCUUACCAUAAAACAGUGUUUUAGUCAUUUUUUUUUUUUUUUGUCACACAAAUACACUGACACACUCCUGUCUUCGGAUUAAAAUACAAUUUGCUUGUUGCUAGGCAGAAUUCAUGUGGGAACCCACCGUUUGUAAUUGAAAAAGACAAGGAGAGUCGGUCACUUUCUAUUCAAGCCUUUUUUCUCAGCACAGCGCCACCUGCUGGAUGAGGUUAGUUUGUCUCACACACACACACACACACACACACAAAAUGAUCCCGUUGUACUUUUUUUUUUUUUAUUGCUGUCUCUGUCAAUUGAAAUGAUUAUAUGUUGUCACAUUUGCUCCAAAAAAAAAGCCAAUGUGGAAGAAUGUCUUUUUUUUUUUCUUCUUCUUCUUCUUUUCUGAACAGUCAGAAAUAAAUGAGCUCAAUUGGCGUCCAAAUGAA